AUGCCAGUUCAAUGGGUAUAUCAAGCAGGAAGCAUGUGGAUACCUUUUGAUCCAAAGUCGAAUGCAUGCGUCGAACAGCUUUGGCGUACCGGUUCAGCUGGCAAUGUCUUUGUGCCAUCUCUCCAUGGAUUUGUUUAUAUCAAUGGCCAAAAUCUAUACGCUCAACAAUGCUCAAUACGGUUUCCCAUUGCACGUACAGGAUCUUGA